GGAAGUAAUACCGCUUACAAAGCGAAGAAAGUCACCAAAUACACGCCGAUCAAAGCUACAAGUGCGCGCUCACCGGUCAUUGUAACUCAAGCUAUAAAGGGUUCGCGCUCAAGCACUUUUACGAAGGUCUUUGUCGGCUAUAUGUUUGCUCGCUACGCUUUUGGCACUGCCCCAGUAUACCGGUACGGGUAUCCCAUGUACCGAAGUUACGUCACCAUUCCCGAAAACAGAGCCGUGAGACUUGCCUCUGAAGAAAGAAAACUCCUGGAGGCAGAUGGCAACUUGUGUGUAAACAAAACGAGAAAAGAGGAAGAGCAAACUCUGCUGGAGGGAAUUGACGAACAUUUAGUGGAACUCAACACGGCAAUCGUGUACAAGGAAACCGGGAAGGUAAAGAGAUUUGAAGGAAUUGAUAAAACAGUGUCUCUAGAGGACAUUGAAAAGGAGGAUUUUGCGCUAAUGAGUAAUGCUCGGUACAACAUGACGAUCGUAAAUGGAACAAACUGCACGCAAAUCGAGAAGAAAGUUAACGGAACCAUGGUGGCCAUGUACCAGACUAACCCGGACUACCAGACUAACGCGGACUACCAGACUAACCCGGACUACCACACUAACCCGGACUACCACACUAACCCGGACUACCACACUAACCCGGACUACCAGACUAACCCGGACUACCACACUAACCCGGACUACCAGACUAACCCGAACAACGCGGGCAUGCUUUACAUCAGCUAUAAACUGCUUCUCGCUGGAAUUGCGCUCCUUGGUUUUCUUAAUAUGUAAAUAUUUGAGUUUUAUUGUGAAACAAUUUUAUUCCAAAGCGCAACUCGGUGUAUUUGCAUAUUACCGGUGGAUGUUUUUUUUAUGCAAAUAAUACUUAUAUAUAAAUAUGCAUUCAAAAGCAAUUUUAAAUCCAGAGAUUAUUACAGUUGCAGUAACUCGAUGAAGGUUUUCUUUUUAAAACCCUGAUUUGAAAAUUGUGAAAUAUUUUAUUUAGUAAUGUCAGGUUUUCAGUUAAGCUACAAUGUCCAAAUAUUUAAGUAAUUUCAAUGACGUGUCACCUUCCGAAAAUACAAUAUUAGCGCAAGCAUUUUGACUUCGUAAAAGUAAAACUACACAGGCGAGUAAAACAGAGUGAUGUUUUUCCGUGGCUCAAGCACGCUCAGCUAAAGAC